GUGGGGGAGGCAGUGAGACAGAGCUGGAGGGGCUCCCAGGGGCCCAUGGGGGGUGUCAAUAGGCCCUGCUCGUGUGGCUAGCAGUGGGCAGGCACAGUUACAGGGAAGCAGACUCUCCUGUCCAUCUAGCACCAUGCCUGGUCAGUGCUGUGGCCCCUGAGACAUGAAGGGGCCCAUGGUAAUACCACCUUGGAUUUCCUGAUCUGAUGCCCCUCGCAGCCAGCAGAGCCCUGGAAGGCCGGUGAGAGCCGCACUGGGUCACCAUGGCCUACCAUAGCGAGCUGGAGCGUGAAUCCACGUUGCCAGACCCCGAAUGCGCACCUACCAUGGUAAAAAUGGCCUUCCGCAAAGCGUACUCCAUCAAGGACAAGCUCGAAGCCAUAGACCGGGUGAAAAAUGGAGAGCGCCAAGCUAGUGUGUCCAGGGAUUUUGGGGUGCCAGGGGGAACCCUGCGGGGUUGGCUCAAAGAUGAACAGAAACUUAGAUGGUUCCUGGACCAGCUUGGUGGGGACGUGGGCACACAACGGAAAAAGAUGCGACUAGCCAAUGAGGAGGAGAUUGAUAGGGCUGUGUAUACAUGGUUUAUCACCCUAAGACAACAAGGCAUCCCCCUCUCCGGACCCAUCAUUCAGGCACAGGCGGAAACCUUUGCAAAGCAGAUCUAUGGGGCGGAGUGCACUUUCAAGGCCAGUCAUGGCUGGUUCUGGCGGUGGCAGAAGAGACAUGGUAUAUCCAGUCAGCGGAUUUAUGGUGAAUCAGAAGUGAGGCCACAGGACAUUGACACAGUUAUAGUCUACCCAGAGCAACCAAAAACACCGUCCACGGAUGGUGGCUAUGGAGAUGAACAGAUAUACAAUGCAAACAUCACCGGACUGUACUGGAGGUUACUGCCAGACCAAACCCGGGAGCUGGUCUUGGCCAAGCUGCCCAAUGGUUACAAGAAGGUGAAGGACCAUGUCACCAUACUCUUGGCAGCCAACCUUACAGGAAGCCAUAAACUGAAACCAUUGGUGGUUGGGAAGUUACAAGCCCCACCAAGUCUUCUUCACCACAAGUUCUUGGCAGCCUAUAGGUACUCUAAGAAUGGUUUGAUGACCCCAGAGCUACUACAAGAGUGGUUUUUGGAGGAUUUUGUCCCUAGUGUAAAAGGUUACCUGAGGAGUUGUUGUCUACAGCAAAAAGCAGUUCUGUUGGUUAACCAGUGUCCUACCAAGCCAACGGAUGGUGAACUACGGAGCCCAGAUGGCAAUAUUAGAGUGUUGUUCCUCUCCAACUCUUCUAGGAACAAGAUCCCUUCUAUGGACCAAGGAAUCUUAUCCUCCUUUAAGCAACUUUAUAAACGUGAGCUUCUGAAGUUGGUGGUGUCCUGCGACAGCAUCCCAUCAGAGUUUUUAAAUUCUUUCCUGCUCAAAGAUAUGAUCUACCUAGUUGGCCAGUCGUGGAACAUGAUUCAGGCUGGAAAUAUAGAGAAGUGUUGGCUUUUCGGUCUCAGGGCUGCUUUUGAAAGCAGUGCUAGUAUAGAGUCAGAUGGGGAGGAGUAUAGCAAGGUUUUCUCAGACUUAAUCCAUCUUGCAUCACUAGCGUACAGUCGCAUGGCCCCAGAGGAUAUCGCAGAAUGGGUACAUCUGGAUGACUCCGCAGCGGUUAUGGAUGAAUGCUCACAUGACAGAACUGCAGACUCCAUCACUACCUUCGUUGUACCAGAGGGCAACGUGGCGGAUGGAAGAAUCAGUGAAGAUGAGAGACUAGGAAUUCCCCUUCCAUCUGCCUCUGAAGCAGUCACGGGCCUGGAGACAGCUUUGCGCUGGUUGGAAACACAAGACCCCCAGAAAGUUGGCCCCUUAAAAUUAGUCCAGUUGCAUUCCCUGAUUUGCACUGCUCAUAGACUUAAACAGGCACCAUUUCAGACCAAAUCUACCAGCUGUAACGGGAGCUCGUGGUGCAAAUUUAAGUAGCAAGGCAGACUUUUACAAAGGAACGGUAGGGAUAUCCACUGCACCAGGAAUUCACCAGGGAAGUGUAUGGUUAAACCAAAAUAACAGGUUUGAAGAUUUGGUUUCCCAGUUAGGCUUCUCCAGCCUAAAAUGACAAAUUCCCAGUUUAGUUAAUAAUCCGGUAGGUGUUGUGUCACUGCACACUAUAUAUAUAUAUAUAUUUAUAUACACGCACACAGCGUGGCGCUGUCUGAGGCUGGGCUGUACAGGGGGUGCCAGCACCCGAUCUCGCACAUAUGUGACACCUAUGAAUAAGGACUGUCCCAAUGAUAUAUUGGGGAUUAUUCACUAAAUAGACUUACAAAUGUUGUUUUCCCUUCUCCAAUCCUGCUGUCUUGGCAAGGUUACCAGAAAACACUGACUAGUGAACAGACCCACCUGUUCAAUAAAAGGUAGCCAUAACUCUUUGUAAGCAGGUUUUCCUUUCUUAUGCUCCCUAAAGAUUUGGGUGUAUAGAUUAUACCCCUGCAGUCUCACUGCUUAAUUCUCUGCCAUUUAGGCAUUAAAUCACUUUCGUUUCUGUUUUUGAAGCUCUAGCCACACUUCCCCUGGCUGUGACAGACACUUUCAAUCAGAUGUUAAUUUCAAGUUUUUAUCUCCUGCUCUGUAAAUUGAACUUUAAUUACAUACAGGAGGCUUUUGCAGGGUCUAGCAAGCUUUUAACAAAGCAGGAGAUAAUAAAUUAGACAUAAUUUGCAAUAAAGGAAGUGUAAACAUUAGAUGACCCUUUACAGGAAGUAUUUAGGAAGGCUGUGCAAGUCACAUGCAGGGAGGAGUGCCUAUAGCUGCAUAAACAAAGUGAUUUAUCUCCUAAAUGGCAGAGACCUGAGCAGUUAGACUGCAGGGGCAGGAUAUGUACACAACAGCUUCAUUAAGCUAAAGAUGUUUUUGUGCCUAUCGUGUCCCUUUAAUAGAGUUGAUCAUCUCGUCUCCCCUCUUUACUGCCUUGCAUUUCACAGGUAGUAAUCCAGAGAGGUUUCCUACUUACACAACACACCCUCUAUAUCAGGUGUCCAAGCUUUGCCCCGGCGGCUGGAAAUGAAUUAUAAUAAAUAUAAGGCAAUAACAUAGGGCAAAGGCUGGACACCUGUGAUCGUGUUGUAAAGAAAGACCUGUUAUGACUUUGGGUCUCAGCAUCCUUUUGUGUACUUACCACUCGUUACAGUGAGCAGGUAGCGCUGUUCGUGCACAAGUGUGCGGUUUAACCCUUUCAGCACUUGUUGCAUGCCACGUUGCUGUCUGCUGAGAGGGUUAACACAUAAUGUAAACCACGUAUUUCUGGGUUUUUCACAAAAGCGUAAAUUGUUAGGGAUUCAAAGGGAAUUUUUAAAUCUUAAGCCAAAAUAGCCAAACAUUACAAAUUCUCCACAACAGCUAUGUAUCCAGUUCGGCUUGUUUGGUCUAAAAUUUGAGAUUCAAUUUAAAUGAUAAAAGUGCACACUUUAGUGAAUGAUCCUGUGUAUGUGUAAGCACAGACUGAAAUGUCGAGUAGAUUUGUCCGACCCACCUGUGGUAGGUACUGCUAUUCUAGUUUUGUGCUUUAUCAAUAAAACACAUUUGGACCUUUUGCUGUAAUUCCUUUGAAAACCAAUAGGACGGGAUGGGCAGUAAUAUAGAAAUGUGGGUUUAUUCCCUAAAAACUGGAGUUUUAGUAAGUAACAGAUAAUGGAAUUGCAGAUUUAGGCCACAAUAGCCACAUUGAAGGAAUUUUUAAAAAUUUAUUUCCAGGUCACUAGA